AUACGGUUUGGCUCUGCAUCUCGGUGCCAAUGUAAAACGACGACGUUGAAGCUACCACUGGACAUGCCACCCGGCAGAACCCGACGGUGCGGUCUUCUUCAUCCGUCAUCACAUCCGCGUGAGCGGAACUUUUUCGCGGGAAUCAUUGCCAGUCUCAAGCGAAACGGACAAGUGAGAACAGCUGUCGGUGGCGUUUCCAUUCUCGUGAAACGCACGAAUAAAAUCCCCAAUCGCCUUCAGACGCUGUUUAUCCGACUUCUAUAGCUCUCCGAUACAGAUAAUUGAAAGAUGGCCGACGCUUCGCCGUCGACGCAGCCGCAAGACGACGGCGGCACAACCAUAACGGAUCUCGAUGUCGACGCUCUGGUUAACUGCGCGAGCUUCCUUUCCAUUCCGGACGUUCUGAAUAUGGCCAUGUCCUCUAAGCACCUCCAAGCAGCAGCGUUUUCCGAUUCUAUAUGGCUUUCAUUCUUCAGAAAGCGGUGGCCAUCGCUGUUACCUUCCAGCUUCCCUCAGACACUCGGUGCCAGAGAAGCUUAUUUAAGUAGACUUGCUGAAGUGCAGAAGUUCAAGUUCAGUGACCCCUUUGUUGCAGAGUUCAAUACUGAGGCAAAAUCGCUUGAUAAUUUAUUAAUUGACAAGAAUAACAUUAUCUACUCACAGGGCGCUUUGGUUACUGUUUUGAUGAUUGAUGAAUAUCUAAAUGGACAAGACCCUCGUGUUGAACUUAGGGGUCACACUGCUAAAAUUUCUUGUGUGAGAUUGUAUCCCAUUGAUGAAACACCUUUUCACCGAAGUCAGGAUCAAAAGAACGAUAAUUUGGUGGUAACCUCAAGUUUUGAUCAUUCAAUUCGGAUAUGGUUGAAGGGUCGUUGCGUACGGUGCUUGAGAGGUCAUAAUGGUCCAGUUUCCGCACUUUCAGAUGGACUGUUGGAUGGGUGUUCUGGAAAAUUAAUGGCUAGUGGAGGUGAAGAUGGUACUGUUCGACUAUGGUCUCUUGAAUCUGGUGGAAAGGGCCAGCAUGCUUUAAAAGCAACACUGUAUGGCCAUGAAAGGCCUGUUGUUCUUAUGUCAGUGGCCAGGCACAGAACCUCCCUUUUAGUGAGUAUAUCAAAGAAUUCCAAGGUAAUGGUUUGGGACACCACUACAUCAUCUGCAGCUCGUUCUUCUUGUUGUGUGGGAAUGACAACUGUUCCUGGUACACCUGUCGCCAUGAAAUGCCAUGAAUCAUUGAUCUAUGUUGCAGCUGGAUCAUCUGUGGUUGGAAUUGAUUUAAGAACAAUGAAUAAAGUAUUGACAUUGAAACAUCAAGAAGCUAUAUAUUCUUUCGAAAUGGUGCCUCUGAAAUCCUUAAUCUGUACCGGCCUGACGUCCAGGGCAGUGGUUUGGGAUAUUAGGAAAUGCGCUGACACGCAGACAGGGAAAAUAGUAGCUGAGCUAACUGGACAUAGAGGCCGCGUUAAUCUCUUAGGUAUGGAUGCAUACAAAAUCGUGACUGGUGGCCAGGAGGAUCUUCGUUUAAAUGUUUGGGAGGCAGAAACUGGUCAACAAACGAAUUCCCUGAUUUGUUGUUCUGGGGAUGAUCCACACCCUGGCUGUGGCUUUUCAGGAAUGGCUGUUGAUGGCUGUCGGAUUGUUACAACCUUCAGCGAUCAACAAUAUGGUGUUCUACACUUCAUGGACUUCAACAAUGCCACUACUCCUGUCUUGUUUAAUUCAGAUCCAGUAGACCAAUCAAAAUUCUGGAGUCCCAUAUCAUACAGUGACACUGAUGAAUCAGACCGGGAACAGGAAGCUGAAAGAUUGGAGGAUUAAAAUAUAAUCAUAGCACCAUCUAUCAUGACAGUUUUGAUUUCUUUCUGUGUAGUUACACCAGCAAUUCGCAUCAUUGUUAUUUUCUUGGCGAGAGGAAUCAUCAAAGUCUAGAGAGCACAACAAUUCUGGAAGACAGUCAUGGCAUAUUAGCUUCGUUGAAGGGCAAAGGUGGCUGAUCAAUUGUUAGAAUGUAACGCUAAAUUGGCCAUUUGUUGUAUCAAAACGUACAGACGGAUCCAUAUGGUGAUGAAUGAGAGGUGAAUUUCAACCAUGCGGCAAAUCUAUAUAUUUGUAUUUAGGAUAAAAUCAGAGAAAAGUCAGCUGUUUGUAGGUAUUUAAGAGGCAGGUAGAAAUGGCUUUGUUUUUGUUUGUUUGUUUAAAGAUUGUAGUUAUUGCAUCUAGAAAAUCUUGUUUUAAUGUAAAUUACAUGCUCUCUCAAACUA